AUCAUAACUACUCAGUACUCACUACUCUCUCGUUUUAUUUACCGUAGAACCCUCAUUGCGGCGGGACGUCGCGGCUGAAAUUGUACAAGUUUAAAAAUUAUUUCUGAAGUAUUUAUUGAAGUUUUGGUUUUAACUAUCGUUUCGAUCGGUUUGAAUUUUGCAUGGUACCCGCCCAGUCGCAGUGCCAGACGAUUUUCCGCAUCCGGCGAUAUCGGUAAUAAUGUGUUGUAGGUUUCGACGCGACCUUUACAUUCUCGUUUGCGGUCUACAUUAAAAAUAGCCAAGAAACAACUGUCAACGAUUUUCUUUACGCUAAAAUUAUACCGAAGUCUCAUUUAUAAACAGUUGGUCAGCAAUAAUACAGUAAAAUGGCUCCUAACAUGACCAAGCGGCCAGUCGGCGCGCCUGGUGUUCUAUUCAAUGAAGAACAAACAGAACCUAAUGUAGUAGGCGAUGGAAAUCAGAUUGCAGAGGGCGAAACUGUUGAGAACGAUAAAUACAAACCAAUUAGAUACCAGCGUAAAAUUGUAUGGCGAAAUGUCGCUUUAUUUGCCUACCUUCAUAUAGCUGCACUCUAUGGAGCUUAUCUCAUGUUUGCCUCUGCAAAAAUACCAACAUCUAUUUGGGCAAUAUUAUUAUAUCAGAUGUCUGGAUUGGGAAUAACUGCCGGAGCACAUAGAUUAUGGGCUCAUCGAUCGUACAAAGCAAAACUUCCGCUACGUAUUAUUCUUAUGGUUUUCAACACUAUUGCUUUUGAGAAUCACAUAUACGAAUGGUCACGUGAUCAUCGUAUGCACCACAAAUACAGUGAAACCGAUGCUGAUCCACAUAACGCCAAGCGUGGUUUCUUCUUUUCUCACGUCGGUUGGUUAUUAUGUCGCAAGCAUCCGGAGAUUAAAGAAAAGGGACGCGGUAUUGAUAUGAGUGAUUUAGAUCGUGAUCCUGUUGUUAAUUUUCAAAUGAAAUAUUACCUUUAUCUGAUGCCAUUCUUAUGUUUUGUAAUACCGACAAGUGUACCUGUAUAUUGUUGGGGUGAAACUUGGGGCAACGCGUGGUUUGUUGCUACCAUGUUCCGGUAUACAUUCACAUUAAAUAUGACAUGGCUUGUAAAUAGUGCUGCUCAUAUGUGGGGUGACCGACCUUACGAUAAAUUUAUCAACCCAUCUGAAAAUAUUGGUGUUGCUUUGGGCGCUCUGGGAGAAGGUUGGCACAAUUACCAUCAUGUAUUCCCCUGGGACUACAAAGCAGCUGAAUUGGGCAACUACCGUGCAAAUUUAACAACUGGAUUUAUUGACUUCUUUUCCAAAUUUGGUUGGGCGUAUGAUAUGAAAACAGUUUCUAUGGACAUGGUACGCAAGCGAGUGGAUCGGACCGGUGAUGGAACUCAUAAUGGUAUUUGGGGUUGGGACGAUAAGGAACUACCGCAAGAAGAUCGUCAAGAUGCGAUUAUUAUCAACAAAGCCCACGAUGAAUAAAAACAAAUAUUAUGGAACAUGUUUAUUUGAAAAAAACAUUCAGAUUUUUUUUACAAGAAAAUAGGAAGCUAGAUUGCUAAAUCUAAAAGUGGGAAAUCAUUAACGACACAUCCAUACCAAUUAAAUUUUAACAAUGUAAAUAAAAAGAAUUUAUAAUAAUCCUUAGCAAAAUUAAUAGAUUUCCUUAGUUAUUAUAUUUUAUGUAAUAAAAUAUACAUUUGUAUAGUAUUUUAUAAUUUUAAUUAAUUUAUUGAAUUUUUUUAUAUACAUUUUUGGAACCAUAUUUAGAUUCAAAAGAAUAUAUAUAUUAAAAAAGCCCACUUUUCUUAUCUUGUAGUUCCUAUUCAUUAACAUCAAUAUGUUUCACUAAACACCAGUCAUCUAAAAAAUAAUAUGUUCGCAUUUUGUUGAACGUCAAAUUGGUCACUGUUAUAUUAAGCUAUGCUUAUAUCAUAAUAAAAUCGUAACAAGUUACAUUAUUAAUUAUUAUUUAUUUAAUAUUCAAGUGGGAAGAAAAUGUUUUUUUUUUAAUCUUGACAUAAUUGUUUUUUUUUUUUUUUUUUUGUAAUGAAGUUUAAUUUCUUUAAUAUUUUAUUUUGUAUCAUACAUUAAACAUAUACAGAAGAAAUAUAUUUUAUGUUUGCUAUUAUAACUGAACAGUUAAUUUUGUAUUACUUUUUAGAUAAAGUAGGUAGUUUAAAAAUCCAUCAACAAAAUACAUUUUUUAAAGAAAUUAGUAGAUGCAAGUAUUAAAAUCACAAUUUUGUUUUUCAACUAGAAAUUGUAAAAGCAUUUUCACAUUUUAAUAUAUAUACAUCGUAUAUUAUAUAAUUAUUACAAAAUCCAUCAUUAUACAACUUGUGUGUAAUUCAUACUAAAUUGAACAAUAGUGAAAAUUACAUUUUUACUAAUAUCCAAAUUCAAAUGUGUAGACUGAAUAUUGACUACAAGGAUAACUGAAUGGGUUUCUUAAAAUUUCUUUGACAUGAACAUAUUUUAAGUAUGUAAUGAUUAAAAUUAUUAGUUUUGUUUUGUUUGAAAAUAUUUAUUUAUUAUUUUGUUUUUAUUAGUUUAGUUUAUAAGACAUUGUGACUUCUGUUUUAUAAUUAUUAAAAAAUAAUAAUACGGUUUAA